AUGUCCAAGAACAUGACAGAUGAUGAAACAACGAGGCAUUUCUCAUCUGGUGCCGUCUUUCGAAUCAUGGUUAUCAAACUGGUGACAGUGUCCACUCGAGGAGAGAAGAUGUCGGUCUUUGGUGCAGCCGGCAAGGUUUCGGUUAACCGGCUUGAACGAACACUCUUUUCGUCUUGUUUGAGAGAGAUCUUUCUCGAACCACGAAACCCGGCACCAAAUGCCGUCAAGAUCCCAGCACGGUGUGCUCCGAAAUCCAUUAUCCCUUCGCCAUCUACUUCUUUCCAGUCGUCAUUUCCAUUCGUUGGUUAA